GCGUAGUGUACACAACAAUAAACAGAAAGCAAAAUCAAAAUACAAGCAAAACCAGUACCAUCAUACCCUCAGUCUUCUUCUUCUUCCGCAUCACGCGGGGUCUCUUUUCCAUGAAGACUUCCCUGUAAUUCUCUCCCUAUUUCUCUCUCUAUAUAUCCUUCGAAACCAACUACCCUGUUUUUUCAAUUUUAUUUUUUUAAUUACCAAAACACACAACACCCAAACUACUUUACUAUUUAAGAAUCACAUCACGCAGAAAAGGGCAAAACAGGAUCAUACGAGGACGAUGAUGAUGUUACGGUCGUGUUACAGGUGUUUAGGGAGGCGUGGUGGUAGUGAUGGGCUCUUGUGGCACUCCGACUUGAAGCCACACGCGUCUGGUGAUUACUCGAUUGCGGUGGUUCAGGCUAACUCUAAUCUCGAAGACCAGAGCCAAGUGUUUACAUCUCCUUCUGCCACUUAUGUUGGUGUUUAUGAUGGACAUGGUGGUCCUGAAGCUUCUAGAUUUGUUAAUAAGCAUCUUUUCUCAUUUUUACAUAAAUUUGCUAUGGAACAAGGAGGAUUGUCUGCAGACGUAAUAAAAAAGGCGUUUCAUGCUACUGAAGAGGAAUUUUUGCGUUUAGUUAAGCGUGUAUUGCCUGUAAGGCCACAAAUUGCUUCAGUUGGGUCAUGUUGUCUGCUUGGAGCAAUUUCAAAUGAUGUAUUAUAUGUGGCGAAUCUCGGUGAUUCUAGAGCAGUUCUAGGUCGGAGAGUUUCAGAGGAUAGCAAACACAAGGUGGCAGCUGAACGGUUGUCAACUGAUCAUAAUGUUGCAGUAGAGGAGGUGAGAAAGGAAGUUGAAGCACUUCAUCCGGAUGAUGCACAUAUUGUGGUUUAUAGUCGCGGAGUUUGGAGGAUAAAGGGCAUAAUUCAGGUUUCUAGAUCGAUUGGUGACGUCUACUUGAAGAAACCUGAGUUUUACAGAGAUCCGGUUUUUCAGCAAUUUGGCAAUCCUAUUCCUCUGAAACGACCUGCAAUGACAGCUGAACCAUCAGUUCUUCGUAGACAGCUUAGGCCUCAAGACUUAUUCCUGAUCUUUGCAUCAGAUGGCCUUUGGGAGCAGCUAAGUGAUGAAGCAGCAGUGGAGAUUGUUUUUAAAAACCCAAGAAAUGGAAUUGCCAAGAGACUGGUUAGAGCUGCCCUUCAAGAGGCUGCAAAGAAGAGAGAAAUGAGAUAUGAUGACAUUAAGAAGAUCGAAAAGGGAAUAAGGCGUCAUUUUCAUGACGAUAUCACUGUUGUUGUAAUCUAUCUCGAUCAUCACAAAAACACGUUAGGUGGUGGUAAAUUUAAGGCCAAUGAUUUUGGCUGCACCAGUGCACCUGUUGACAUCUACUCCCUAAAUGCCGAUGAAGCAGAAGAGGAUCUACUCAACUCAGUUACCUGAAUAAAUAAAGCUUGUGGAAGAUUGGAGUGCUAACAUUUAGAAAUAAUUUUAUGAUAGUAUUUGAGGUAUACAUGGAAGGUAUACAAAUGGUGGAUAGUUUUUGUAGAUAUUGUCUGGUUGAUUGGUAUACAUACAUGGAAGAUGAUGCACAGAUGAUGAAACAAGCUGAAAAAGAUUUUUCCGAAUGAAGAUCUAACCCCCAUUGCCUCUUGUUUAGUUUUUUCAUUUGUUUAAUUAUUGAUUCUGUCUUCUUCAUAAUUGAUAAGCACUUGAUUCCAGAAAUAUUACAAACAAAUUUUGUAAUCCUUUAUCCAUUUGGCUUCCCAUACUUAACAGAGUUUUGAUCUCUUCAA